AGCAUGGUCGAGUUCUUCGUGUGUUCACAGCAGAUAAGAAGUUGUCACGACCUCAAAGUCCUCUGUCGCACCACUGAGAGAUAAGUGUGUGUGUGUGUGCGUGUGCGUGCGCGUGUUUCAUUUCACUAUUUCACUAUAUUAUACUCUCACCAAUGUAGUGAUACUAAUCGAUGCACUAAUGUAACAUCACUGUAACAGCAAUGGUAGCAGCAGAGAAUCAACUAUAUAGUUACUAUGAUAAUAAUAGAGAGGAUGAAAAUAACACAAUGAUAGUUGUGUGUCAUUGUCAGAUGGAUCCUGCAGCUCUGGAGUCAGAUACUUGCAGAAUGAGAACAGACAGGAUGUCACACCUUUCAUUGAAUAAACACACGAUUUUAAAUCAUUUCAUCAACCUGAAUAAUCACUGAUACGCCCAUUACCUGAAAGGACGAGUUUUAGUGGAUUUUUAAACAUUAAAAACAUAUUAAUUAACAAAUAGAAACCAGGCCUUUUAAAAUAUCUACAUUUAUAAAUGUUCUGAUCAUAAUCUCCAGACACAAAUCAUUGUGUAACUAACAAGAUCAUUAAAGGUGCCUCAGAAUAUCCAAUAUAUAGAAGAAGAAGCUUUUUACAAAGUCUGUGGUCGAGUUCACAACCGGGGAAGUUUGGACUUUUCCGAGGGGCACGUGAAUGCAACCCUUCCACCUGUCUCGAUUAGUAAGGUCUGGUUCGAUGAUUCAUUCGGGAAGUGUCCGCUCAGUAAGAGAAGCGGUUCUCACCAUGUCGCGGUUGUUUGUGUCUCACCGCUUCUGUCCCUCGUGUCCUCGCCUCCUGUCCUCGCGGUCGCUGUCCCUGUGGACGAGGCUGAAGCAGCAGCAGCAGCAGAGGAAGGUUUUCUCUCAGCAGCACCGACCUCACACGCAGGGACUGAACCCAGCGUCUGCCCCGCACAGGGUGAGGUCCAGGCUGUGGCUGUGCGGGGUCGGUGUGGGGUUAGCUUUAGCUGUGGGGCUGAAGCACGGCUGGGGGGGCGAUGAGGCUGCAGCGGCAGACAGGACGGAUCGAUACAGAGCUGCGGUGUCAGUGAGCAGGGAGCUGCUGCAGAGGAUCAAGGUAGGAGCAGAGGCUGAGGUCGGGGCUCCGGGGCUGGUGGUCGGGGUCUCUGUGGACGGUGCUCAGGUCUGGUGUGAGGGGAUCGGUUUUGCUGAUUUGGAGAACCGUGUGCCGUGCAGCCCAGAAACGGUGAUGCGAAUCGCCAGCAUCAGUAAACCCCUCACAUCUGCAGCUGCUGCACGACUCUGCGAGGAAGGGAAACUGGAUCUUGAUGUCCCCAUCCAGGAAUAUGUCCCCGAAUUUCCCCAGAAAGAGUUUGAGGGACAGGAUGUGACGAUAACCCCUCGUUUGAUCCUGUCCCACCUGAGCGGUAUCCGACAUUAUGAGAGGGAUGCGAAAAAGGUAAAAGAGGACAGGGAGAAAGCGAAACGCCUUCUGAAGCCACCGCUUGAAGAGGAUGAAAAGAGCUCAUCUGAAAACAAAGAGAAAGAAGCAACCAAGGCUCAGAAGAAGAAAGAGUUUGAGCAUGAAGAGUACUACUUGAAGGACAACUUUGAAAGUGUCACUCAGGCCUUGGAGCUCUUCAAGGAUGACCCGCUCAUUUUCAAACCCGGCACCACUUUUUUGUACUCCACCCACGCCUUUACUCUGCUCAGUGCUGUAAUGGAGCGAGCUGCCGGCCAGCACUUCCUGGACGUCAUGAUGAACACGUUCCGCGAGCUGGGGAUGCUCAAUACUGUGCCUGAUGAGAAUGGCCCUAUUAUUUAUCACCGCUCCAGAUAUUAUCAUGUCAACAAGAGAGGACGUGUGGUAAACUGCCAGUAUGUGGACAACUCCUACAAGUGGGCAGGAGGCGGCUUCCUCUCCACGGUGGGAGACCUGCUGCUGUUCGGUAAUGCUCUGCUCUACAGCUACCAGGUGGCCCACCUUAAGGACACAGAGGGCUUGUUGCCAGGCUUCCUUAAACCCAAAACCGCCAUAGAUGUGUGGGCGCCAGUUGACAGGACAGAGGCCAGCUGGGAUAAGGAUGGGUUGUAUGCCCAGGGCUGGCUGGUUGUGGAGAAACUGCAGAAAUAUGGCCAGUGCAGGAGGCGCAGGCACUACGUGUCGCACACAGGCGGCGCUGUGGGGGCGAGCAGCGUCCUCCUAGUGUUACCCAGAGAGGAGGAAGAGCAGGAUCAAGGACAGAACUGUCCGCUCCCACAGGGGGUGGUGGUCACCAUCAUCACUAACAUGCAGUCUGUGGGACUCAACGGCACUGCACUGAAAAUUGCACACGAGUUUGACAAAGCCAGACGCCUGCGAGAGUAAGUUGUUCACAGAAAAGUAGGAGGUCACAUUUCACAGAGAAGCAUUGCAGAUGAACCUUGUAAAUGGUAAAUAGUUUGUAUUUAAAUAGCGCUUCUCUAGUCUUGAUGACCACUCAAAGCGCUGCACAGCACAGUUUGCCUUUCACCUAUUCACGCACACAUUCAUACAGUGCAUCUGUUAGCAG